UAAAAUAAUUUCACAACUACAAUUAAAUACAUUUAUUGACAAUUAUGUGUUUCAUCCUAAGUUCCAGGUUUUCGCUUCAACCGGCAGCGCCAUUUAGCAGCUUCACUUCGCACAACAACCCUCCCUCUCAUCAGACUUCAUUAUUCAUCUAUCCUACGUGAACCUUUUCUCUCGAUCAUGUAAAAUAAGCUAACAAAAACAACACUUCUUUCAAUUUGAUUUUGUAAAUCGCAACUUUUAAUGUCUGUUCAAAAUCCACAUCACUUCUCACCACUCUGGUUAUUCAACAACUCUAAGCAGCUCAACGGGCAGAGAGCUAGCAAGUCUGGCUUUGCUACUCUUAAUGGAGGUCACGUGCCUAUCACUCGAAAUUAUUCUGAGGAAGUUCCUGCAACCAUCAUCACUGACAUCAAUACCUCUUUCAAAAACAGAACUUCAGAAUUUCCGUCUCUACAGUCGACGAAGCCUAAGAAAAAUGUUGCCGUCAACAACGGUGCUUGGUCUAACCCUAGGAGCAAAGCCAAACUAUACAACACUGUAAAGGCCCAAGGUGGAGCCAAACAACCUACGACACCAGCUACCACCAAAUCUUCCAGAACUGCAAGUGGGGACGCUGAAAAACCUAACUCUCCCAAAGUUAAAGCUCCUAGAAGUGUAGACAGCAAGUUUGAUUUCUUUAAGUCCCUCCGACUGGACGAGGGCCUUAUUGAUUCUGAUUCCGAGAAGAGCUCCUAUGAGAAUGAUUGUGAGAUUAACGGUAUAGAAGCUGCUCAAAAUCCCACCCCUCUUUCAUCCAGCGUGGAAACUGAACACCGACUGCUGAAAGAGAUGGGAUGGAGUGAUGAGCACGAACCACCCCUUACUGAGGAGGAGGUUUUGUCGGCUAAGAGAGAUAUUGAGACACACAGAGACAUGAUUGAGACGAAGAAGGCACAGUCUCCCACCGUCCUUUCCCCUUUUCCCUGGGCUCCUAAGAUCUAUCUGCCUAGCGAAGAUGAGGAAUUGUCCAGCGACAGUGAGGAUGAAAACUAGCGUUGCCAUCGCAACCAACUACCAUCUAAAUACUUCUCUUCUCUGGAAAACGAACUAGAUUUGUAUUUUUAUAGGCUUUUUACAAACAGUAUUACAAACUUUAUUCAUAUAUAUUGAUACAAUAAGGAGAAUAGAAUUUAAGUUUGGUGCAAGGUUUUAUACGAGUUAGAUUGUUUCUUUUAAUAGAACUUUUUACAGUGCCCCCUAAUACUAUUGAUUGUGAUUUAAAAUCUAAAUUAUUUAUCACUCUUUAAA